GAAAGAAGGGCUAGCGGAACACGAACCAUGGCGGCAAGCGCAAAGAAAAUUCUUUCCAAAAUUCGCCAAACUAACCAAAUAGCUGGAGGAACGCUAUAUGUGGUUAACAGAAAUCCCCGAAAUCUCGAACGCUUACGAUUAGCGUACAAAACAGACGGAUAUCAUCUGGAAAGACCCGUUCGAAACUUUUGGCACAGGUUGGAGUUGAACGCAAGCAACAAAUAUGUAACGGCCAAAUUGGUUCACUUUGAGAACGGUACCGUGAUCGAAUGCAGUACCACCGAGUGGGCGUUAAAGCGGCACCUCUACAAAGGGAACGACUACACGGCAUAUAGCACGUUGGGUAAAGCUUUUGCCUCAAGAUGUUUGGACGCCGGGCUUACCGAGAUGCGGUGUGAUUUGAAGCCGACGGCCGGUAUUAAGGUGGACGCAUUUCUGCGCGCCGUCGAAGAAGGUGGAAUUGUACUUCAGGAACCGGAACGUAUUCGUCCAGCCUACUCGUGGGACAUGCAUCGGCCCGAAAAGCCGUGGGAAGUGACAGAAUAACACAACACAAAUACAAAUUUACAUGGUGGUUUAGUGAGCUACGGUUUAUUACAUCAAUAAACGAUAAGCUGUUUCCUUUCAAUGGUUCCUUCACUCGUUACUGCUCGUA